AUGAGGGCCGCCUCUGGCACCAGCCUGGCGCUCUGUGGCCUGCUGCUGCUGCUCCAGCCCCCGCCAAGCCUCGGCCUCACCCCCCCGUCCAGAGGGCACCUCUGCCGCACGCGGCCCGCGGACCUGGUGUUUGUCGUGGACAGCUCGCGCAGCGUGAGGCCCGUGGAGUUUGAGAAGGUGAAGGUGUUCCUGUCCCAGGUCAUCGAGUCGCUGGAUGUGGGACCCAACGCCACCCGGGUGGGCGUGGUCAACUACGCCAGCGCCGUCAAGCAGGAGUUCCCGCUGCGGGCGCACAGCUCCAAGGCCGCGCUGCUGCAGGCGGUGCGCCGCAUCCAGCCGCUGUCCACCGGCACCAUGACCGGCCUGGCCCUCCAGUUCGCCAUCACCAAGGCCUUCAGCGACGCCGAGGGCGGGCGCUCCCGGUCCCCCGACAUCAGCAAGGUGGUCAUCGUGGUGACAGACGGGCGGCCCCAGGACAGCGUGCGCGACGUGUCUGCGCGGGCCCGGGCCAGCGGUAUCGAACUGUUCGCCAUUGGUGUGGGCCGCGUGGACAAGGCCACAUUGCGGCAGAUGGCCAGCGAGCCGCAGGACGAGCACGUAGACUACGUGGAGAGUUACAGCGUCAUCGAGAAGCUGUCCAAGAAGUUCCAGGAGGCCUUCUGCUUGGUGUCGGACCUGUGUGCCACGGGGGACCACGACUGUGAGCAGGUGUGCAUCAGCUCCCCAGGCUCCUACACCUGUGCCUGCCACGAGGGCUUCACCCUCAACAGUGACGGCAGGACCUGCAACGUCUGCAGUGGAGGUGGUGGCAGCUCGGCCACUGACCUGGUCUUCCUCAUCGAUGGCUCCAAGAGCGUGCGGCCAGAGAACUUCGAGCUGGUGAAGAAGUUCAUCAACCAGAUUGUGGACACCCUGGAUGUGUCCGACAGGCUGGCCCAGGUGGGGCUGGUGCAGUACUCGAGCUCCGUGCGCCAGGAGUUCCCGCUGGGCCGCUUCCACACCAAGAAGGACAUCAAAGCGGCCGUGCGGAACAUGUCCUACAUGGAGAAGGGCACCAUGACCGGCGCGGCCCUCAAGUAUCUCAUCGACAACUCCUUCACUGUGUCCAGCGGGGCGAGGCCCGGUGCCCAGAAGGUGGGCAUUGUCUUCACUGACGGCCGGAGCCAGGACUACAUUAAUGAUGCUGCCAAGAAGGCCAAGGACCUUGGCUUUAAGAUGUUUGCUGUGGGCGUGGGCAAUGCCGUGGAGGACGAGCUGAGGGAGAUCGCCUCGGAACCCGUGGCCGAGCACUACUUCUACACAGCCGACUUCAAGACCAUCAACCAGAUCGGCAAGAAGUUGCAGAAGAAGAUCUGUGUGGAGGAGGACCCGUGUGCCUGUGAGGCCAUUGUGAAAUUCCAGGCCAGAGUGGAGGGGCUGCUGCAGGCCUUGACCAGGAAGCUGGAGGCCGUCAGCAAGCGGCUGGCCGUCCUGGAGAACAGAGUCGUCUAAGGCCGCCGUCCCCGCCUGGCCUCUCCACCUCCGCACGCGAGCUUGGCUCAGAGUCCUGCGGAGUCCCUGCGCUGGGUCGGCUCCAGCCCGGGCUGGGGCCGUCAGGAGCCUGGGACAGUUCGGGAGCACGUGCAUGUGCCCGAGGGAGGGCGUGUGUCUGGGAGCCGGGGUGUGUGCACGAGUGAGACCGUGGGGACCGAGCGCCCGAGACCGUGUGUGCCUUCCUUUCCAGUCAAAAGCCUAAUAUAUUCCGAUAUUUUUUUAGUUAACCCCUUCUUGACCCGGAGU